AUGGCUAGCCCACCUGUGCUAGCUUUCGAUGCUGAGGGCCGCCUAGUGAAGUUUGACACCUGGCUAGAUGACCUGCACCUCUUCCUACAGCUCACUGCCAAGGAGGACAUCUCACUGUACGAUCACGCCCUAGGCCAUGCCACUGCACCUGCUACUACUGCUGACAGCUCUACCCGCUCACAGUGGCAGACUCGUGACGCUCACGCUCGCUUUGCUAUUCGCAACUCCCUGCCGAUAGAUGAACGCGAGCACUUUGGCCAGCACAAGACUGCGCAGGCACUGUACACUGCUGUCGUUGCCCGCUACUCCUCACCUGCCUCUGCCGCACUAGGCCGUCUCUCGCUUCCCUACCUGUUCCCCGACCUGUCCUCUUUCCACACAGUCGCUGACCUCAUCACGCACCUCCGCACUAGUGAGGCUCGCUUCCGCGCCGCUAUGCCUGAUGAGUUCCUUGCCAAGAACCCCCCCCCGCUCUGGCUCACUCUCUACCACCUAGUCACCCGCCUCCCUGACUCUCUGCGUGCAGUCAGGGAUUCCUUCCUAGCUCGCUGCCCUACUGAGCUCACCAUUGCCCUCCUCGAGAAGGAACUACUUGCAGCUGAGGCUAGCAUAGUCGCUGUAGGUGCCUCUCGUGGCGACCCCCGCACCCCGUUCUUUGAGGGGUGUUCUCCUUCCCCCCUUCUUCCCUCUGUCGCCUCUGCUGCUGCUGUCGACCUCCUUGGUGCUGAGAAGGUCGCGACUGCUUCGAGCGGACGCCGCAGCGGCAAGGGCAAAGGGGGCAAGGGAGGCGGAGGUGACGGCGGGGGAGGCGGUGGUGGGGGCGGUGGCGGCGGUGGGGGUGGUGGCGGGGCUGGAGGGGCGAGUGGCAGCGGUGGGGGUGGUGGCGGCAGCGGCGGGGGAGGUGGCAGGGGCGGGGGCGGUGGUGGGGGUGGCGUUGGACGCGGCGGCGGCAGGGGCUGGGGUGGUCGAGGAGGUGGAGGCGGAGGUGGUGGUCGUGGAGGCGCUGGCGGUGGCCAGAGCCAGCAGCACACUCCGUCGCCCCAGGAGGUCCGUGAGUGGUACUCUCAGCACGGGGGGGGGGGGGGGGGGGGGGGUGGCUUUAGCUGCUCGUACGUCAUUCGCACUGGUGACCGCACUGGUCAGCCGUGUGGGGGACCGCACGCCACGCAGCGCUGCUUCGCUCGCCUCAACGACGCUUGGCGUGUUCAGUUCCCUCAGGCCCGCUGA